AUGAGCCUUGAUAAAGAAAAGUCUUAUAACAAUCAACUUCCUUGUAAUUGUUGUUUCCCUUUUGGAUUAAACUUUCGUCUUUGGCAUCCUACAGAAGAUCCAGUUAGUUCUGCAAUCAAUAAUAUUCAAGAAAGUGAAUUACAAAACAAUCAUUCAAACUUAGCCAAAAUUACCUUACCGAUAUCUAUAAAUUAUAAUUCUAGACCAAGACAUAUAGGAUUAUUAGACAUACCAUUUUUUGGCAAUUUAAUUUUCAACAACGAAUUGUUAAAUCUUGACCGAAACCUAGAGCAAAUUAUUGUGAAAGAAAAACCCAAUGAACCUGACAACAUGAAAUCCAAUUUGUCAAAAAAUGACACCACAAAGAGAGCAACGGCAUUGUACUGUAACGCAUAUAUAAACGGAGUAAAGAUACCUCUUAUAAUUGAUUUUGGUUCUGCAGAAUGUAUUAUAUCCUUGAAGUUACUAAAGGAUUUGGACAUGGAAAUAACACAAGCAUCAAAAACUAUUAUGGUUAAUGUCAAUGGAGAAAAAAGAAGACCAUUAGAAGCA